CGUCAAUCAGUACCGUACAAAAAACGACCAUUUGAAUCUAUAAAUACAAACGGUUUCCUGUUGUUUUAAUUAAAAGACCGCAGUACUACCAUGAAAGUCCUAAUUAUUUGCGCUUUACUGGUACUGCUUUGCAGUGCCGAAGAAAAAUACACUUCAAAGUACGACAAUGUAGAUUUGGAUCAAAUUUUAGCCAGUGAUAGAUUGUUGAAGAACUACUUGAAUUGCCUUAUGGAUCGAGGCAAAUGCACUCCUGAUGGAUCAGAAUUAAAGAAAAAUCUACCAGAUGCUUUGGAAAAUGAUUGUUCAAAAUGUAGCUCUAAGCAAAGAGAUGGAGCUAAAAAGGUGAUUCAUUAUCUGAUCGAGCAUAAAAGGGAGCAAUGGAAUGAAUUAGCUGCUAAAUACGAUCCCAACGGGACUUAUAUGAAGAAAUAUGAAGCUGAAGCUAAAAAGGAAAACAUCAAAUUGUAAUAAUUGAUAUGCGAAAUAUAUAUAUAUAUUUAUUUUAUUUACAACUUUAUACCGAUUUUCUUUAAAUCAGCCUCGUAACGCUUACGGUACACUCCGUUUGGGUCGUACUUUUUUUCGACUUCGUCGAACAUUUCACGUUUUUGUUCGAUCAUGUAUUUCAGGAUUUUCUUGCCGAUGUUUUUCUGUUUUUCGCUGCACUUCUGACACUCGUUUUCCAACGAGUCUGGUAGAUUUUCUGGAAAAUAAUUCCAACUGGUGUGCACCUGCCUCUAUCCAUAAGGCAAUUGAAGUAAUUCUUCAACAAUCUAUCGCUAUGUAAAAUCUCAUCUACAUCAAUAUUAUCAUACUUAUCAGUAUAUUUGGUUUCUUCUGCAUGAAUUGCAACAAAUAAUAAAACAACCAAUAGAUGAAGCUUCAUCAUUUUUGUAUAUUUGACUUAAAAUGCCCUCAGCUCAAACAUCUUAUAUUAAUUUAUAACAAAUCAAAGGUCUAAAAAACAUAAUUAAAUUUAUUAAUUAUUAAAUUCUACAGGGUGAUUCCUUCGGCCUUUAAUUCUUCGGCGUGCAUUUUAACGUAGACGCCCUCCGGGUCGUAUUUGGCUUGGAGUUCGUUCCACCAGCUGCGUUUGUUCUUCAAAAGGUGGCGGAUGAUUUUGCGGCUGCCCCGUUUCUGCGCCUCGCUGCAUUUAGCGCAGCUCGUUUGGAUGGCUUCGGAUAAAUGUUCUGGAAUAAAGAAAAUU